AUGAGUCAAAUAGACGAUAAGAAGGAAACAGUGACAUUUCGAGGAGUAAGCCACGACGAAGAAGGCAAAACAAAGGUAACAAAACUCGAAACCGACACGCACAACAUUGAAACCUUAAAACACAUUGAAAAAAAACUUAUAGACAAAGGUAUACACAGAAAAGACCGUCGUCCAAUAGAUGGUAUACCAUUAAAUAAGCAGUCAAAAUCAGGACAUGGUGGGAAAUUCACAUGGGAAGGACCAAGAGAUGUGGUUGAUAAUAUACUUGAUGAUGAUGUUCCAGCUGCUAUAGAUGAAAAUGAUCCAAAUUAUGUUGAUGAAGAGGAAGAAGCUAGUGGAGUUGAGGGUUUAGUUGUUGGAGAAGUUGCUGUUGCUAAGGUUGCUGAUGAAGGUGUUGCUAGAGUUGAUGUUGUUGAUCGUAUCUCUUUAAUUGUAAGGGUUGAUGGAAAGUGGAAAUUUGUGGAUUUUAGCAGUUGA